AUGACCUCGUUGCCCUCCCUCCCAGUGAAGCACAAUGACUUCGUGAAGUAUGUCAACGAUAACCCAGAAAAGCCCAUGAGAGACUUGGUUCAGCCAUAUAACGAAUAUGAUGCUAUUUUGCGCAAAACAUUUGCACAAGAUCCAGAUCAUCCAUCAGUCCGGGAUAGCUACGUCAAUGUUGUGCCCUUGUACGACCAGAACGGUUCCACAGAUCUUUCUAUUCGAGCCCGGGACCUUGCCUCAGAAACGCCAGAGCAAGCGGAGAAGUAUCUUUUGCCUCUGAAUGCAAAAGACCGGAAAGAAAAUGGUGUCGCAGCCGUGGUACCCUCGCUAAAUGAGUUUCAGAACAACUUUGCGCUCUUCACAGAGGGCUCAUUGAGUGAAAUCGACUGGUCCAACGUUGUGGUUGCAGGUAGCGCUGUAGUGACCUCCCUUUUGCCCGUGCCAGAGAAGUACCGCAACUCAAAGCGUGGGCUUCGCAAGUACUAUCAUGAAGAGUUUGCUCCCGCGUCAGAUGUGGAUCUCUUUCUAUAUGGUCUGGAUGAGGAGCAAGCCCUCGAGAAGAUCAUGCAUAUCGAAGAUAAGAUCAAGAACACGAUCCUCUAUGAGACCACAACUAUCCGGACCAAGAAUACAAUUACGAUUGCUUCCCAGUACCCAAACCGCCAUGUGCAAAUCGUGCUUCGCAUCUACCAUUCAGUAGCUGAGAUUCUCACCGGCUUUGACGUGGAUGUUUCUUGCGCAGCUUAUGAUGGUCAUCAAGUCUAUACAUCUCCACGUGCAAUUGCCGCAUACAUCACCCAGACGAAUCAGAUUGACCUAACCCGACGAUCACCAUCAUAUGAGAACCGUCUCUCCAAGUAUUCACGCCGUGGAUUUGAGGUUUUCUGGCCUGCCCUUGACAGAUCGAAGAUUGACCCGACCAUCUUCGAGAGGAGCUUCACCAGAACCGAAGGUCUUGCAAGACUUUUGGUUUUGGAAAAGCUUCCUCGGUCUCAAGACCGGGAUAACUAUCUUCAAAAAAGGCGCGAGGAGCGAGGUCGCCCUCCUCUAGAUGUGUACCUGCAGCGUCGUCAUGGAAAAAUGCUGCAUGGAAACAUCAAGGAUGACUGGGAAGAUGAAGUGCCUGAAUGGCAAGAACAAGACCAAGUAUCUGAUUAUCAUACUUUCACUAUUCCUUACGGCCGAAGAUUCAAUGCCAGGAAUAUUGAGAAGCUGCUCUACACCAAAGAUCUCUUGCUGAACGCCCAAUGGAACCAGCCCAAGGACCGUACAGUCUAUCUUCAUCGUCAUCCAGCAUUCUUCGGCGAAGCAGAACAUGUCAUUGGCGACUGCUGUGGCUUCUGCCCCAAGCCCGUUACCGAGGAAGAAAUCAAAGUCGCCGAAGAGGAGGCUAAGAUUUAUAUCUCUGGUCAGGUUACUUUCAUCAAAGAUGAUCCCGGUCGCCAGGAAAUCGGAAGUUUCAAUCCGAUCACUGAGACUGAUUGGACGGAAAUGGCUUACGUUGGCCGCACCGAGAGACUGUGCCAGGCAAUCGUGGCAAACGAUGUUGACUCUGUGAAAGCUUUCCUUGCAGAGGAGGGUACUAACCCGGAUCGUCGUGAUUACACUGGGCGAACACCCCUCCAAUUGGCGUGCAUGUGCUCAACACCUGAGGUCGUACAAUGCCUUGUUGAUGGUGGCGCUCGCAUGAUCCCCCGUAUGGCUGAUGGAAAGACCGCACUCCAUCUUGCCGCCGCCCGGGGGCACGUGGAGAUCAUUCGAAUUCUACUCACAAAGAGCAACGAGAAUGAGGAAGAAGAGUCUAAGAAGCAGGAUGCUCUGAAAAAGAGUGACAACUCAGAGGGAGAGCCCAAAACAGAUGAGGAUGAAGAUAUUGAUAUGAUUGACCAAGCUGAUGUCAUGUCUCACACCUCUGCUUCUUACGUGAAAGUCGAUGCUGAUGAGAAGGAAGAUCUGACCACGUACGAUACGCUCGAGGAGAACGACAUUGAGCCGGAUGUCUAUGACAUCAAUGUUGUUGCAUGGGAUAGUCGGACUGCUCCUCUGCAUCUUGCAAUUCUCCAUGGUCACACUGAGGCUGUUAGAGAGCUUGUCACGUCUUUCGGUGCUGAUAUCUUGAUGCCAAUCAAGAUUAUGAACGAGCACAACAAAACACCCUCUGCUGCAAUUCUAAACUUGGUUCUCAUCCAUGCCCUCCCAUUCGAGAAAGCAAAGGAGAUGUCACAGACCCUUCUCGAUCUCGGCGCCUCACCAGCACAAGCAGACCUCAAGCAGAAGACGCCGCUAUAUUACCUUGCCCAUUCCAACAAGUUUGAUAUUCUUGAUAUUUACAUGCAGCAUGACGAGCCGGCCGUAAAGCGGGCAAUCAAUCACUUAGCAGUCCAGGGGUCUUACUGGACGCCAGAAUUCUCCUCAGUAUUGAUGGCUGCUCUCACUGCGAAGAACGCUCCCGCAGCGACCAAGCUGUUGAAUACAGGUGCUAGCCCAGAGAUUGACCUCGGAGACCUUGUGAAGGCUAUCACAGAAUCUAGAGGAACCCAGACCUACUACGGCAACAUUGAACAAGACGCACAGUCUAGUGUGAAACAGCCGAUCUUACUGGCCAUUCAAAAUGAUCUCCCUCUGGUUGCCAUUGAUAUGCUCAAUCGUGGGGUUAACCCCAACAGUCCUACUAAUCAACUCAAGACGAGAUAUCAAGAGAAGGGUCAAACGGUGUUGGAUGUCAUGCGCCAAACCUUGAAAACUCUCCGUGAAUUCUUGGUCGAGCGAAAGGACCGAUACUAUUAUCAUUCCAUUGUAACUCCGCUUGACCCAAACGAUGAGACAUAUCUGUCGGAGUUCCAAUCUGGUAGUUACAAAAGGUUCACUGCAAAGGAUCUGCUCCGCAACGUGCGCAAAGCGAACCGAGAGGCCGAAAAGGAAGCCAACAAUUACCAAAACAACCCUGCUGAUCCUCCUGGCUUGGUUGAGAAAAAGGCGUUUAUUGCGGAGUUGAUUCACGACUACGAGAAGCUGGAAUCCGUUCUCCUCCAAAAGGAUGCAAAGACAUGGGACGAGCUUUAUCCUCCACAGAACGUCCCUGUGAAUUUACCUGCCCAAUUUUAUACUGAGCAGACACAGCAAGCCACUAAGCCUUGGGAAAUCGAAUUCAAGUUCAAUGUACCGGCUAUUACUGACAAUGUCCGCGACGGAUACCUACAACUUUUCGAAGCAGCUUGGAAUGGUGAUAUUGAUACCAUAAAGUCCUUGACACUGGGCAAGUGGGGAUCUCUCAAUGACCAAGCACCACUUGAGAUUGCUGUGACCGACAAGCAAAACCUGUCCGCUCUUUCGAUUUCCAUCAUGCGUGGCCAUUUUGCAGUCGCUAGGGCCAUCCUUCAAAUCCUUCAUGUGCAGUACAGAGUGAAGGAGCCUCGGGGUCGGACGCGCUUUGAAAUAGAUGUCGACUGCUCCGAUGACUCAGACGACUCAGAUGCAGAGAACGAGCAUCUCAAUAUUGCCAGUGACAUUGUCGACGAUACCUUCACAUAUGAAAACAUCGGUGAAGUUACCAGUGAGGUUAAGAGCAAUACGUCCCCUCUUGCUGCUUUCGAGGCACGAUUCAAUGGCUUCCUCUUCUUGGACGAAUACAAAGACGAAAGGUCUUGGAAUAAGAGAGAGAAGCAUGUCAAUGUUGACAGCUUUUUGAAAUACGCUGUUUACACAAACAACAUUACUCUAUUGGAAUUCCUUCUCAAGACCGGGCUGGAUCUUGCUCGCACCAAUCCCUCGGGCAAGUGUGAGUUCUCGGUAGCCUCCGACGUGUUCCAACUUGCCAUUUUGCUUGGACGUACCGAUUGCCUUGCCAAAAUGAUUCAAAGUGCCGGAGCAGGCCUUCCACUCACAAAAUUGAGCGAGGAUUGCGGCGUCGAGGAGAAGAAAGAGCCUCAGUACUACCCUGGGUUGUCAAUUCGUGGCACCAAGCGCGCCGAUUGGGCUAGCGCUGGCCGGGAGCAACCGAUGAAAGCCAUCACACAGCGUCCUCCCCUUCUUAUCGCUGCUCGUCAGGGUAAUCUGGCCGCUACAGAGUUCUUCCUUGGUACUGCGGCUGCUCGCUAUUACUUGGAGUACCUCAAUGCAAACAAUGAUGACGAGAGAGUCAAACGAUUGACUCAGUCCAAACUCGGACUCGAGGGAACACUCUCAAAUUGGCUCAAAGCAAGUAGUAAGUGUCCAACCUAUUCAGGAACCUUGACAAACAAAGCUGACCAUGUAAAAGAUAACCUCGUUCUCCACUGCGCAAUCAUGUCUGAACCAAGCGACGAGACUGUUCGUCUCGUUCAGUAUCUUGUCAAUCAUUACCCUGAAUGCUUGGAGGUCCGAUCCACGGAAGGACUAACGCCUUUGGCCUGGGCCAUGUCCCUCCACAAGGUCCGCUUUGCCCGCAUUUUGGUAGAAGCCGGAGCCAACCAGGCCGUUCGUGACAAAGAAGCGCGCAAUCUCCUCCACUUGAUUCUUGUAUCAAACAAUGGUCGAGUCUGCAAGAACUCUAGCCGAUUCAUCAAGCUACGAGACCUACUGGAUGAACAACUUAUCCCAACGAUGCUCAUGGAGCGCGCAGGUGAUGGCUCAAGAACGCCAUUUGCACGAUGGCUUGACGCCUAUCCCCACUUUACUCCAGACGAUCCAGCCAUCCCUCGACCCCCAAACAGUCGCCAGACUGAUGACGAAAUGAUAACCUCCAUGACGAACCUCGUUUUGGACCUAGCCAACUCCACGGACCAAAAGCAUCUCGAGCUCUUUGACGAAGCUGGAAACACACCAGUGCAUACUGCUGUCAAGAAAGGCUUCCCUCAAGUGCUUGGACAACUCCUCGACCGUCGUCCUGACAUGCUCAAUCGGGAGAAUGCCACUGGUACAACUCCUCUCGAAAUGGCAGUUGAUGCUUGGGUCAAUAAGAGUACCUCUGGGCCGCCAAAUGGUCCUUCAGAAUCAUCGCAUUGCCACCCCAAAUGGCAAAAUGCCGUUCAGCGUGAGCCCCGAUUCUUCAUCCCCGGUAGUAGAUCGAAGUAUAGCAAGGAGAAGGCUAUGUUCCGGGUCUGCCGUGAACGGGCUCAGCAACGGCCUGCAAAGAGGAGACUUGUCAGUCUCUUCGAGGCGAAUGAGGUCGCUAAGAGAUUGGCAGCGGCGGGACGGAGCACUGGUCAGAAUGUUGGCCUUGAAGAUGACAAUGGACGUAUGGGUCCUGAAGAUCGUCCUGAAUUGUGGGGAAGCGUGGCUGCUCAUUGGUAA